AUUAUCGUAUAAAGCUAUCAUAAACAUUUAUAAUGAUAUGAAUUAACUCAACACUUAACAGACAAGCAGACCCCAAGACAAGGAGAUAGAGAGACGCUUCACCUCUCUCUCUUAUUCUUCCUUCCUCUAUCUCCUCUGCAAGAAACACCAUCAAUGAGUUCUACAGGAAACCCUAACAAUCCAUGGGCUACAUACGACUCAUACAGAGACUGCUCACAAGGAGUAUGCAGCGUCUACUGCCCUCAAUGGUGCUACGUCAUCUUCCCACCACCUCCUCCUUCCUUCUUCCUCGACGACGAAGACGAUUCCUCCUCCUCUGACUUCUCCCCUCUCCUCAUCGCCCUCAUCGGAAUCCUCGCCAGCGCCUUCAUCCUCCUCACCUACUACACUCUCAUCUCCAAGUACUGCCACCGCCGUCGCGAAGCCUCCUCCUCCUCCAUCAGCCGAGAUCGCGAGAUCUCUCUCUCCGUAACGGAAACUCCUAGGCAGGGAAACAACGAGGGUUCGAAUCCGGUAGGAGACGGACUCGACGAGACUCUGAUUAAAUCGAUAACGGUUUACAAGUACCGAAAGGGAGAUGGAUUCGUGGAGUCUUCUGAUUGCUCUGUUUGUUUGAGCGAGUUUCAGGAGAACGAGCGGUUGAGGUUGUUGCCUGAGUGCAGCCACGCGUUUCACGUGCCGUGUAUCGAUACUUGGUUGAAGUCUCACUCUAACUGUCCUCUCUGCCGCGCCUUUGUCGCGGGAGGAACCGUCGAAUCCGUCGUCUCCGCGGCGGCGUCUAAUCGACGGAUCUCCGACUCGAUUACCACCGAUCACCGUCGUCUGAGUGACGGAGAUUCCGUCGUUGUUGAUUUAGAUCUGGAAACUACCGGAUCUCGGGAUGAGGCGGUUGUCGACGAGAACGGCGGAUCGACGCCGAAACCACCGGAACUGCGGGGAUCUAGAGGCGGAGGAGAUCAGGUAAACCCGAGAUCGGACGCCGCCGUGGUUUUGAUCGCCGAUAUACUCAGGGAGAUUGAGGACGAGGAAGAAGCGGCGGGUGUGGGGACUUCUCGGCGUGGAGAGGAUGAGGAAGGAGAGAAGACGCCGCCGUCGUCGGAAUCGGCGGCGAAUCAAGGAACCGGAGGAAUUUCGAAUUUUCUGGGGCGGAGUUCAAUGGCGGGUAAAUUUGUUAGAACCAGAAAUUACCGUUUACCAAAUUGAAGAGAAAAAAAUUGAUUAAUAUUUUAGGGGAUUUGGAUUUAUUUUUAAAAAGUCAAAAUGCGAGUUGGCUUAUACGAUUGGUUAUCUUAUACCGGUUAGAGAGAAUCGUUGUUAAACCAUUUGGAAACAGAGAGCAAUUUUCCCUCCUUUUAUGUAAAGUUUUGAAAUUACUACUUUAAAUUUAUUCUGUUCGCUUUUCAUGUUUUUUUUUCAUUUUAUGACGUUGCCAUCUGGAAUAUAAGUAGCAUAUCAUUUUUUUUUU